CCACCCACUAUAUAUAAUCCCAUUCCCUCCUUAUUCUCUUUCAUCAAACCCUCCUUUGCUCUUUAAUCUUCCUUGAAAAUUCUAAGGCAUUUCUCUUCUUCCGUUUGCUUUCUUUUGCUCGAAGUUUUGCUCCAAGUCCGGUUCCAUUCUUAUUUCUAAAUAUUUCUAAUGGCAGAAACAACCAUCACUAAUGCACCAAAGAGGUCAAGAGAAGAAACCCAAAACCAAGAAGUAGAAGAAAUGAAGAGACAGAAAACUUCUGCUUCUUCUGAAUCUUCUUCAUCAACAUGUUCUCCUUCGUAUAACCAGAUACUUUCAAUUCUUGAGACUGAAGGUGAAGAAGAAGAAGAAGAACUUGUUGAAGACAUUUCUUCAUUGAUAACUAGUCUUCAACAAGAAAUAUCUACAUCUGAUGGCUUGCCUACUAAAGAAAGUUCUACUGCUACAACUCCACUUUCUGAUAAUGACUCAAACAAAGAUGGUUUUGAGGAUUUGUCAUCAUCAUCGUCUGCUUCUUCAAAUGAAGAUGAAGAAGAUAAAGAAAGGGUUAUUAGACACCUUCUAGAAGCUUCUGAUGAUGAACUUGGUAUUCCUCAAAUUGGAUUAGAUUUUGAGUUUGAAGAUGAUGAAGUUAGGAGUAAUUAUGGUGAGGUUGGAUUGUUCAAUUUGGGUGGUUAUGAUUCAGGCUUGUGGGAAUUUGAAGAUGAAACUGCCAAUUACUAUACAUUGUUGCAGUCUGAACUUUUCAUGUAACCCAAAAUUCCUCCACUGAAAGGGUGGGGAAAGACAGAAAUUUCUAAUUAGGGUCUUAAAAGUGAAAAAUAGGAAAAUAUUAGGGAGUUUGUAAGGAGAGAUACUUUCAAGGGGUUUCAUUUUUUUGAUAAUGAUACCGUUGAAUGGAAAUGGAUCUGGUGUGUGGUUUUUGUAAUUAUUGAGAACUCCCUGGACUUUGUUAGUUUAAACGAAAAAUGGCAAAAGUUAAUCUUCAGUCAUUUUCUAUCAAAUCCCUCACUAACUUUUUGUUUCUUAGAAGGAGAUUAUCUUAUUUAUUUAUUUCA